AAACGCUGGGGGCCGGGUCGAGAAAGUUGUGCCCGGGCUGGGGGCGGGGCAAGUGGUACCCGGCGAGCUAGGGGCGGGGCCGGGACGCUGGCAGAAAACGCUGGGGGCGGGGCCAGCAAAUUUUGCCUGCCCUGGUUAGGGUUAGGUCCUUGAAGUCAGGGGCGGGCUCCGGAGCCGACCCGAGCGUGAGGGCGGGGCCAAAAAGAGGCGUGUGAGCUGGGGCGGGGCCAAGUGCUGGCGGAGACUGCUGAGGGGUGGAGCCAGAAAGUUUUGCAGGAGCCAGGGGUGCGGCCAGAGUGUGGUGAAGCUGGAGGCUGAGCCGAAACCUAGAGGCGCUGGAGGCGAGGCCAGACUUUGACGCGACGAGGCGGGGGCGGAGCCAGGGGGCGUGACCAGAAGGAUGGUAGGGCAGAUCGGAGGCGGGGCCAGAGUGUAGGCUGGUGAGCCGGGGGUUGGGCCGGUGUAAUAACGCCAGAAGGAGGGGGCGGGUUUAGGCUGUUGCUUGAGGAUCUAGAGGGCGGGGCCAGAGGGUUGGCUGGGGAAGUCGGGAGCGGGGUUGGGGGGGAUUAAUGACGCGAUCAUGUGGGCGGGGCCAUAGGUUUGGCGGGAAAGGCGGGGCCGGAAAGUUUGCCCUGGCCCGGGGCGGGGCCGUGGCGUUCUCCACAGGGUGGAGACUGGAGCUUUUCCCUAGAGAGCCGCGGGCGGGCCGGAAAGUUCUGUCCGUGCUCGGGAACCGCCAGUGCUGUGUCCAGAUUCUGCAGCGGAGGUUUGCCGGGACCCUGGUCCCACCCUGCCGGUGGAAUGUCAGCCACACUGGAUCUGAAAUCGAAGGAGGAGAAGGAUGCUGAGCUAGAUAAGAGGAUUGAGGCUCUUCGUCGGAAGAAUGAGGCCCUCAUCCGGCGCUACCAGGAGAUUGAGGAGGACCGUAAAAAAGCUGAACUCGAGGGAGUAGCGGUGACAGCUCCCCGGAAGGGCCGCUCAGUGGAGAAGGAGAAUGUGGCAGUGGAAAUGGAGAAGAACCUGGGUCCCUCCCGGAGGUCUCCUGGGACCCCCCGGCCCCCAGGGGCCAGCAAGGGAGGCCGGAUCCCCCCUCAGCAUGGAGGCCGGGCAGGCAUGGGCCGGGCAUCCCGCAGCUGGGAAGACAGUCCUGGGGAGCAGCCUCGAGGAGGAGCUGGGGGCCGCGGCCGGAGGGGUCGGGGCAGGGGGUCCCUUCAUCUCUCUGGAGCUGGAGAUGCCUCGACUGCCGACCGCAAAUCCAAGGAGUGGGAGGAGCGGCGCAAGCAGAACAUUGAGAAGAUGAACGAAGAGAUGGAGAAGAUCGCCGAGUACGAGCGCAACCAGCGGGAAGGCGUGCUGGAGCCCAACCCCGUGCGGAACUUCCUGGACGACCCCCGGCGACGCAGCGGGCCCCUGGAGGAGCCUGAGCGGGACCGCCGGGAAGGCAGCCGCCGGCACGGGCGCAACUGGGGGGGCCCCGACUUCGAGCGGGUGCGCUGUGGCCUUGAGCAGGAGCGGCAGGGCCGCCGAGCUGGCCUGGGUGGCGCCGGAGACAUGACGCUCUCCAUGACGGGCCGAGAGCGGUCCGAGUACCUGCGCUGGAAGCAGGAGCGGGAGAAGAUCGACCAGGAGCGGCUGCAGCGGCACCGCAAGCCCACUGGGCAGUGGCGACGGGAGUGGGAUGCUGAGAAGACUGAUGGCAUGUUCAAGGAUGGUCCAGCCGCGGCCCUGGAGCCAUCCCACCGCUACGAUGACCAGGCCUGGGCCCGGCCCCCCAAGCCCCCCACUUUCAGGGAGUUCCUGUCCCAGCACAAAACUGAGGUCAACCGCAGAAAGAGGAAGAGCGGCAGACCCCAGGCCAAGGCAGCCCCCCGUGCCUACAGUGACCACGAUGACCGCUGGGAGACGAAGGAGGCAGUGUCCGCAGCCCCCGAGCCCCCACAGCCCAAUCCCCCCCAGGAGGCGCCCACACAGCCGCCUGAGACCCCGGCCCCUGCCCAUCGGCCUCCUGAGGAUGAGGGCGAGGAGGGUGAGGAGGGCGAGGGUGAGGACGGUGAGGACGGGGAGGACGAGGAGUGGGAAGAUGUGAGUGAGGAUGAGGAGGAGGUCGAGGAAGAAGAAGAAGAGGCUGACGAGGAGGAAGAAGAGCCAGCCCGAGACCACCAACCCCACGAGGCCGAGCCCAGCGGGAGCCCCACUGGAGAAUGUGGUGACAAAGAGCCCACCAGGCCGGAGGAGCCCCUGCCGCUCCCCCAGGCCCCUGCCACACCUUCCAGCCCCUUCUCGCCCCCUGGGGGCCACCACCCUGUGUCCGACUGGGGUGAAGAGAUGGAGCUGAAUUCUCCCCGGACCGCCCACCCGGCAGAUGCCCUCUCUCCGGGAGGUGACCCGCCAGCCCCUGCUUCCUUGGAGAGUGGGCACAGCCUCCCAGCAACCCAGAAAGCUGAAGAGGAGGGGUCUGAGGCAGCUCCAGAGGCGGACCCUGAGGGCCAGGAGACUGCGGAGAUCACCGACUUCCAGAGGGCCUCCCCGAAUUCCUGAAGACGCUCCCGGGAGGGGACUGAAGCUUCCCCGCCUUGAUGGGGAGGGGGCGGCAGGAGGGGCUUAGUCUGAAUCUCCGGGCUGUGCUCUCUUCUCUCCGGAGCCUGCUCUGGACCCCGUG